AUGGCGCUCGGACAGCGUCCCCAUUUUGAAGUCGCUCGGCCCGGGCGCCACUACCACAACUCGGACCUUGAUAAGGACCUCGCCCGCCCGGGGCGCAAGUACUUGUCUUUCUGCGGGAUUCAUUACUGCCUCUACAAUGGUCUUGCACAAUUCCAAGACCCACUCUCACAUGACCGGUCCAAGGGUUUGACGCACCUAUCGGCAGCGUCCAGAUGUUGUCACAGGCACCACAGCCUCCAUCAAGCGAGUCAUGGGCGCGUGGGUUCCUGGGCGGCAGCGCGCGCGUCGGCUGUCAUCGCUGGCCCGGGUAGGGUGGCUAUCGAUGACGUCUUCUUUGGCGUUGAGAUGAAGGCCGUGCAGGACAAGGCCUUGCGUGCCAUGGCCCUGUGGGAGGAGCUUCGGAGCAACUUCGCCACGAAGACGGAGACAAACAUGGUCUGGUUUGAUAUCCCGGGAUCGGGCUUAACUCUCGAGUACUACGUCGAGGUGUUUAGCCAGUUCCGAGUUCAUACCGGGGAGCUGAUUCAUGGCUGUCUUUGUUUCCAUUACCAGAUUAUUGAUCAGGCGUUCGCGGCGCUUUGCGACUCUAUUAGGGCUGUUUUGAAGGAACCGAACACUCCAUAA